CAUUAACUUUGUGGACAGCACGGGCAAUCUGCAGCCCGAGCGCCUCUUUCUGUCACCCUUACAUCCACCAGAAAUGGACAGGAAUCUCGACGAAUCAUUCGACGAAGACGACUCUCUCUUCUCGGUAUCCGGCCCCUCAAACAAUCCCCGUCCCCUGUACAGCACUCCGCCUGCUCCUGCGGGGCGCGGGUCACGAUAUGCCCAACACCUCACACCCCCGGGUCCAGGUGUCUCUAUCUCGGGACGGUUCCCACCUGUUCUAUCUUCCCCGAUAGUCGAAGGUGACUCUUCUUCAGCGUACCACCCCAACACCAGUGGUCUGCAACCGGGCAUCGACCGCUCUUGGGCGCGCAACCACGGCUCCACCGGCCAAGAUGAAGAAGGUGAGGACGAAGAAGAGCCCUCGACCGCGAUGACUGGGAUAGCCGCCGCGGGGGAGGAAACGUUUGAUGAAGAAGAGGCCGGGGAUGACGAAGCAGGCUCUGAUGGGUCUUCUGAGCAGUAUGACCCUGAGGGAGAUCCAGAGACGUUUGCGAAAAGACUGGAUGAGCUGGCGGGAGUGCUGGAGAGAGGCGAGGUCGAGGCAGGGGAGCUCAAGUGGGGGCCUGUCAUUACGAGGGGCGCUGGUAAUAUGUCCAAGACAUCCAACAGAGAUCUCAAGGCUGUCAUCAACCAUCAUCUGUCUACCACGGCUUGGCAAUAUUCCUCCUCUGCCCUCACACCGUUCCCCGACCCCAACCAUUUUGACACUUUCGAUUCACUUUCGGCCCACGUUGAUUUCGUCGGAGCGCACCCGAUCAGGGUAGUGGGGCAGAACUGGAGUGACAGGGAUGUGCUGUUUGAGAUGGGCAUAUUAGGGCUGGACGCAGGAAGCGGCGGGUCGAGUGCGUCAGAGAGGUCUCCGUGAUAUCGCAGCGUAUUUGAGCGUGAGUUGGGAGUGUUGAAUGACCUUAAACGUGUUGUAUGUAUGACUGUAACAUGUCGCCAGUCAACUGAUUAUGUCACGGCAGCGAUGACUAUCGAGUAAUGGCCUUGCGUGCGAGGGUGCAGAGGACUUUAGAGAAGAGUAUUGAGGCUGGGGACUCCCCACUCUCUGCAUUAUAGCCACGUCCAUCCCACAAGCCCAGUGAUACUGCCAUCAAAAGACAUAGAGGGCUGGGACGGACAUUUCCCACGAACGAGUGCAUAUGUACUGUCUGCAGAGGUAGCCAGCACGCUGCCAAAUAUCAUGCACGUGAG